ACCUGAGCCGAAGGCAGACGCUUGACGACUGAGCCCCUGCCCCGUACAGACAUGGAGUUCUUGUAGGAGCUUGUGCCUGUUGUCUGUGAGCCCUCCUACUGAGGAAGACAGCGUGGGCAUUACCACCCCGUGUGACUUAGAGACCGGAAAAACAGAUUGCUGAAGUUUUACACCAGUGGUGAGGACCAAGAACUAAUGAAAAAUGGGAAAGCACAGCCCAGGAGAGAAAAUGAAGAUGCUAACCAUGUUUUGAUUAAGUGGAUUUGACAACAAGAAUGUAAAUAAAUGCCACUGAUUGCUUUGUUGAUCGGGCAACAAGCAAGGAUAUAUCAUGAAGAACUGCUCUACUGAGGACAAACGUUAGUGUUAAGACGGGAGGGUUCAGAAAUUUAGGAAGCCAUGUAGUGAAAAAUGUCUGAAAGUAUGGUGAAAAUGAUUCUGCUGAUCAUGAAACAGCUGAACAUAACCCUGAUGAAUUAGCUGCGAUAAUACCAGAUGACAGCCUGAGUGCUGAAUAAAUCUGCAGCGGUGUGGAAUACCGUGGUAGUAGCAUACUGUUAAAUUGCUCUGCGUAGGAACUGCGUCACUUGGCAAGCCCACAGCAGUGUAGGAUUGUGCCUAUUUCCAUACAACCGUACCAGCAGAGAACAUCACCAAACUGUAGGAUGUUCAUUAAUCCAAUAGCAAAGAAAUGAUAUCUCAGUAUAUAUUCAUGUCCACAGUGUUUGAAUGAGCCUCACAAAAUACCUGGGCAAAAAUCUUCAGGCUAGUUCACUAACACAUACAGGUGAGCCAAGCUCCAGGCAGGCUGGACUGAAGGCAACUGAAAAUUUUAAGUUAUUCGCAGACAACCCGUUUGUGCAUUCUCCUCCUCGAACUUUUAGUUACAAGUUGGCAGUUGCCAGCCCCCAAUCUGGAGUAUUGAUUGGGGGGAGAGGAGUAAGUGUCUUCUCGUUCUUACUGUCAAGAAUCUGUCCCCUUUUGUUCUGUCGAUGGGAGUGGCCUUUCCUUCUGUCACAAGAACAGAUAGUCCCUGAGGUGGCGGCAUAGAUCCAUCUAGCAAAUUUAUCUUUCAGUCUCAGCACUGAAGGAAAACUCUCUGAAAUCAGAAGAGACGUACCACUGAAACUUGUAGCCGAAGGAGUGAACAUCUGAGUAUCUACUGCCCUGCGUUCCACAUCUUUACUACUUGCCACGUGGCCGUAGGAGACAUUGGAAAAGAACACAAAGAUGGCAUUAGAUCUACAUUGAUGCCAUUUAUCAGCUGGAUGUUAGAGAAAAAAAACUUUCUGGGCCUCAGUUUCUCUGAGCUUUGAUGUCCCCGGGUAUAAUAUGAAGAGAUUGGACUAGAGAUGAUAUUUAAGAUCCCUUCUGGCUCUAACGAUGGCAUUUCAGGGAUUCUGGUAGCUAGCCGCACUAUUAUACUGUAAGUGCUUAUUAAAGCAGGAACUUCUUGUAUAAUUUUUCCAGGUUUUUUGCAUUGGAAACUAUCAGCAAGGGUAAAUAAUUGUUGCACAUGUUUAUCCUUUAGGGGCUAAGAUGGAUCUUGUACUCAAUGCUGCAGAUUAUUAUUUUUUUACACCAUACUUCUAUCCAGCCUCAUGGUCUGAGGAUGACAUCUUCCGACAAACUAUUAGUCUCCUGAUUGUAACAAAUCUUGGUGCUUAUAUCCUUUAUUUCUUCUUUGCAACACUGAGUUAUUAUUUUGUCUAUGAUCAUUCAUUAAUGAAGCAUCCACAAUUUUUAAAGAAUCAAGUCUAUAGAGAGAUUACGUUUACUGUCCAGUCAUUGCCCUGGAUUAGUAUUCCCACUGUGUCACUGUUCCUGCUGGAAUUAAAAGGUUACAGCAAAUUAUAUGAUGACGUAGGAGAAUUUCCCAGUGGCUGGGUUCGCCUCUUUAUUAGUAUACUGUCCUUCCUCUUUUUCACUGACAUGCUGAUCUACUGGAUUCACAGAGGCCUUCAUCAUAGACUUGUGUAUAAGCGCAUACACAAACCUCAUCAUCUCUGGAAGAUUCCUACUCCAUUUGCAAGUCAUGCUUUUCACCCUGUGGAUGGCUUCCUUCAGAGUCUACCUUACCAUAUAUACCCUUUUAUCUUCCCAUUACACAAGGUGGUCUACUUAAGUUUGUACAUCUUGGUCAACAUCUGGACGAUUUCCAUUCAUGAUGGUGAUUUCCGUGUUCCCCACAUUUUAAGGCCAUUUAUUAAUGGCUCAGCCCAUCAUACAGACCACCACAUGUUCUUUGACUAUAACUAUGGACAGUAUUUCACCUUGUGGGAUAGAAUUGGAGGCUCAUUCAAAAAUCCUUCCUCCUUUGAAGGGAAAGGACCACUUAGUUAUGUGAAGAAGAUGACAGAAGAAAAGUGCAACAGUCAUGCAGAAAAUGGUUGUAAAAAUGAAAAAUUAUUCAGUGGGGAGUUUACAAAGACUGAGUAGAUUGGUGCCCUAUUAUUAAAUAUUAUGAAAUAUUUUUAAUAAGGAAAAAUAAUCUACAUACAUACAACCAAGAGACAUAGCAAGCAGAUGGUAUUUGAGAGUCCGCAUUGUGGGUACUGCUGAGGAAUGAUCGUGAUGUAGAUCAAGGAAGGAAUGCUGAGAACACCGAGAUUUUAACCUCAUGUUUACCAUAUUAGGUGUUGGUCUCAAGGACGUGUCGUAUCUCUGUAGCCAGCAUAUCUGUAACUUGUAUAGCCUCAACAACAGUUUUUGUAAGGAUAGAGAAUAAAUUAUUGAGGGGACUAGGUUAUGUCAUUUUGCCUUAAUCCGCCCAUAUUCAUUAAGAAAAAUACAUUGUGCUUGAUAAUACCAAGACCAAGCAUCAUAACAAAGAAAUACUAAUAUAAACAUGGUUCCUUGUUUCAGGAAUGGUUAAGUCUUCAAUGUUGGUAUGAUAAUGACUACCUGUAGUAUUUUGUUCCAGUGGAUACAUCAGUGUGAAAAAAAAAAAAAUCUGAUAGAACGUAUUAGUGGCCAAGUAAAUGACCUAAUUAAUAGCAGGUGUAAUAAGAUUAUCAUCUUCCUACACAUAGGAAGCUUAUUCUCUGGGGACAUUGUCAAAUAUUAACAUUUUACUGAUGAAAAAAUAAAUUAGAAUUUUUAAAAAUACUGAUACUACCACAAUUUAAUCCAGAUCUGGGCUUAUUUAAAGAUUUUGAUGGUUAUUAUUUUAAACCAUUAUUUAAUAAGAUUAUGUGAAGCUGAAUAUAUUUAGAAAGGGAAAUUUGAUGCCCAGGUAAUAUAUUUGACUCUACUGCUUUUUUAAUUAAAUGGAUGCACUGCACUUUUGAUAUGUUUCAAAGUUACAAUCUUAUAAUUUCCUAUAAAAGGAAGUAAUUGCCAAAUAUUUAGGCCGAUCACUGAAGAUUAGUUUUGAAAUCUUAUUUUCCCUCUUCUCCCUUCACUUUUCCCCACUUUCUGUGCAAAAAGAUUUAACAAAUAGUUUCAUAAAGAAAUGUUGUGUGUUAUAAGUAUAUUGGAAAAACGUGGUUUGGAAAAGGCAUUCUAUAAGGUAUUUAUGUAAAAUCAAUAAAAGUUGAUUAUUACUAUUAUUAAACUGUAUCAGUUAAGUAUUGUAA